AUGACGGCAUGGAGCAGAAAGGGGCGUGUGUGCGGAGUGGCUUAUUGGCUUGGCGAUAUGGUGUACAUAGAGUGUUGGAUGACAGGAAAGGGCAAUGGCGAGAUCUCUGCUUGGACUGCCGAUGGCGAGGCUAGCGCUAAAGCAUGCUGUCAAUAA